GCAGCACGCCGCCGCGGCAUUUCACGACGUCAGCGGGGAAAGGCCCCGAAAACCUUCCGACCUCCCCCCUUGCGGCUGGGUGAAAGGCACCGCGAUGUUCGGUGCGGGAGACGAAGACGACACCGACUUCCUCUCGCCUAGCGGCGGUGCCAGAUUGGCCUCUCUUUUUGGCCUGGAUCAGGCAUCUGCUGGCCACGGAAAUGAAUUCUUCCAGUACACAGCCCCAAAGCAGCCUAAGAAAGGCCAGGGAACAGCAGCAACAGGAAAUCCGGCAACACCAAAACCAGCACCCAGUACAACAGGCACUUCCACCGUAUUGGUUGCAACUGCAGUCCAUGCGUAUCGAUACACAAACGGUCAGUAUGUAAAGCAGGGCAAGUUUGGUGCUGCAGUCCUGGGGAACCACACAGCCAGAGAGUAUAGGAUUCUUCUUUAUAUCAGUCAACAACAGCCAGUUACUGUUGCCAGGAUUCAUCUGAACUUUGAGCUCAUGGUUCGGCCCAAUAACUAUAGCACCUUUUAUGAUGACCAGAGACAAAACUGGUCCAUCAUGUUUGAGUCGGAAAAGGCUGCUGUGGAGUUCAAUAAACAGGUGUGCAUUGCCAAGUGCAAUAGCACCCCCUCCCUAGAUGCAGUGCUCUGCCAGGACCUCGUUGUAGUGGAGGGCCCUGCUGUAGAAGUUGGAGAUUCUUUGGAAGUGGCCUAUACCAGCUGGCUCUUUCAGAAUCAUGUGCUGGGCCAGGUUUUGGAUUCUACUGCUAACAAAGAUAAGCUGCUUCGCCUGAAAUUAGGAUCAGGAAAAGUCAUCAAGGCCUGGGAGGAUGGGAUGCUGGGCAUGAAAAAAGGAGGGAAGCGGUUGCUUGUCAUCCCUCCAGCCUGUGCUGCCGGCUCUGAAGGGGUAACCGGAUGGACUCAGUCGCCAGACUCAAUCCUGGUGUACGAGGUGGAGAUGAGGCGGGUCAAGUUUGCCAGAGAUUCUGGCUCUGAUGGGCACAGCGUUAGCUCCCGCGAUUCCGCCGCCCCUUCUCCCAUACCAGGUGCGGACAGCCUCUCUGCUGACCCUGUUGUAUCACCACCUACAUCGGUGCCUUUCAAAUCAGGCAUGUGUGUUACUUUCAGGGAGCCGGCUCUUCGUAUCAAAUCUAACUCCCUCAAUGAACAGCUGACAGUAAAUACAAAUCCUGAUACAGUCAAAGCUAAGUUGAUCUCUCGGAUGGCUAAAAUGGGCCAGCCCAUGCUGCCCAUCCUUCCACCACAGCUGGAUUCCAAUGAUUCAGAAAUUGAGGAAGUGAACACUGUGCAAGGAGCUGGACAGCCGGUGGCAACUCCAUCCAUGCAGCCCUCUCUCCAGCCAGCGCAUCCCGUGCUACCGCAGAUGACCUCACAAGCACCUCAGCCAUCUGUUUCUGGACUCCAGGCACCCUCUGCUGCCUUAAUGCAAGUGGCAUCUCUCGAUUCCCACUCAGCUGUGUCUGGAAAUGCCCAGUCCUUUCAGCCCUAUGCAGGUAUGCAAGCCUACGCUUAUCCCCACGCGUCAGCCGUCACCUCCCAGCUGCAGCCUGCGCGGCCCCUGUACCCCACACCGCUCUCUCAGUCUCCCCAUUUUCAAGGAUCCAGUGACAUGGCUUCAUUUCUCAUGACUGAAGCCCGGCAACAUAACACUGAAAUUCGAAUGGCAGUCAGCAAAGUGGCUGAUAAAAUGGAUCAUCUCAUGACCAAGGUUGAAGAGUUACAGAAGCACAGUGCUGGCAAUUCCCUGCUGCUUCCCAGCAUGUCGGUUACAAUGGAAACCAGCAUGAUUAUGGGCAACAUCCAACGAAUUAUUCAGGAAAAUGAAAGAUUGAAACAAGAGAUCCUCGAAAAGAGUAGUCGCAUAGAAGAACAGAAUGACAAGAUUAGUGAACUAAUUGAACGAAAUCAGAGGUAUGUUGAGCAGAGUAACCUGAUGAUGGAGAAGAGGAACAACUCGCUUCAGACAGCCACAGAAAACACACAGGCAAGAGUAUUGCAUGCUGAACAAGAGAAGGCCAAGGUGACAGAAGAGUUAACGGCAGCCACCGCUCAAGCCUCUCGUCUGCAGCUGAAGGUGACCGCUCACCAGAAGAAGGAAGCGGAGCUGCAGAUGCAGCUGACAGAGAGCUUGAAGGAGACAGACCUCCUCAAGGGCCGGCUCGUCAAACUGCAGGCAGAGCUCUCAGAGCUCCAGGAAACCUCUGAGCAAGCACAGUCCAAAUUCAAAAGUGAAAAGCAAAGCCGGAGACAACUGGAGCUCAAGGUGACCUCCCUGGAGGAGGAGCUGGCAGAUCUUCGAGCUGAGAAGGAUUCUCUGGAAAAGAACCUCUCUGAAAGGAAAAAGAAGUCUGCUCAAGAGCGCUGUCGGGCCGAGGAGGAGAUCGAUGAAAUCCGUAAGUCCUACCAGGAGGAACUGGACAAGCUUCGGCAGCUCUUGAAAAAGGCUCGGGUGUCCACAGACCAAGCAGCUGCAGAGCAGCUGUCUCUCGUACAGGCUGAGCUGCAGACCCAGUGGGAAGCAAAAUGUGAACACCUGUUGGCCUCUGCCAAGGAUGAACACCUGCUGCAGUACCAGGAAGUGUGUGCGCAGAGAGACGCCAGCCAGCAGGAGCUGCUCCGCCUUCAGGAAAAGUGUCUAGCCCUCCAGGCCCAGGUCACAGCCCUGACAGAGCAAAAUGAACAGCACACCAAAGACCUGGAGAACAAGUCCCACAUGUCUGGGGUUGCAGCUGCUGCCACUGACCCCUCAGAGAAGGUCAAGAAGAUCAUGAACCAGGUGUUCCAGUCCUUACGGGGAGAGUUCGAGCUGGAGGAAUCUUACAAUGGCAGGGCUGUUCUGGGGACCAUCAUGAAUACCAUCAAGAUGGUGACUCUUCAGCUGUUAAACCAACACGAGCAAGACAGGGGACAGAGCAGCAGUGAAGAAGAGGAGGAGGAGAAAGAAGAGCGGCCUCGGCAACCUUCAUUCUCAGGCAGUGCUGGACCGCCUCCAGCGCCCCUGAGCAGGGAGAUGCAGGGGUCCCCCUCACUGUCACCGGAGCAGGCAGUCCAGGAGGCUGUCCCCCCGCCUCCUCGGGUCCUCCCCACUCCCCAGGAAGAGGUACAGGGAAGGGAAGGGGAGCCCUCAGAAGCAGAGGCGCUCUCAGAGAUAGAAGAGGGGUCCCUCUCACCUGAACUGACUUGUGGCCCCUCCCAGAGAGCUCUGGGGCCUCCGACUUCCGUUCCCCCUAUGCCUCCGGGCCCUGUACUUGUGGACUCUGAGUGCGAGGAGACACUUGCCAGCCCAUUGGAAAAUCCCUGUGUUGAGGAGCCAGAAAGCACUGCGAGACUGUCCCUGACUUCACACCUCUUGAAGGGGGACCCACUAGCCUCGGGGUCCGAAAGUCCAGGAGAAGAGCCUCAGCCUCCAGAGCUCAAGAAAGACGAGGAUGUCGCUAGCUCCGCUGUUCCCUAUAGGGAGCCAGGGGGCGCAGAGGCGGGUUCUCCAGCUGUUGGAGCAGCAGGCGGACCCAACCACUGUUCUCAGCACACCAGUCUCUCUGGGGAUGAAGAAGAUGAACUGUUUAAAGGGGCAACUCUGAAAGUUUCGAGGCCCAAAGCACAGCCUGACGAGGAGGAUGAAGAUGAGGUGAGCUUGAAGGGACGCCCGCCCCCGACACCCCUUUUUGGAGAUGAUGACGAUGAUGAUGACAUUGACUGGCUGGGAUGAAGCCCCAGGAAACCGGUGCAAAGGUUUCUCUACCGCCCCUUCCCUAAGCGCGAUUUUGCACAGCCAGCCCUGGGUCUAGACGAGCCACAGGGGGAGGUGAAGGUGAGCGUUCUGAGGACAGCGGUGCAGAUAUCCGAGUUCCCCAGCUUCUGAGCGCCCCGCCCGGCUGGUCCGAGAGGAGCGUGAGCCUGUCUUCACAACGUUGGGGUCCCGCCUCAGUGUCCCGUUGGGAGGAAAGGCUGGUGGGUAGCCUCCAGCCAGUCACCUACAAGAGUCCCGUCCUCUUGUGAGCUUUUUAGUCUCUUCACUAACUCAGACUGAUCUGCCUCCCGAUGCUCAACCGUGCACCAGCAACAGAACCUGUCGCCUCGGGUGAGGUCUCCCUGGUGGAACCCAGGGUGGAUUACACUGUCUAAACCCCGGUUUGGUUAACAGCCUUCCCUGCAGUCCUGGGACAUGUAUCUUUUCUCUGCCUUAAAUCUGAUACAAGAGGUCAAUGAAUAUUUGAAAUUAACAAAACUCAAAUAAAUGUCUGCAAUGGAACUUGACACAAGUUCUUGGGGAGAAAUCGAAUUUGGUGCUAAGGCAGGCCGUGCUCCUCUCUGGGAACCUCAGGGUAAGAGUUGUAACAGACCUGGGUUGGUUAACAUGCACAAAAGCAUUAAGACAUACUCCCUGGGUACCCCGGAACUCAGGCUUUCAAGGAAUGUCCCCACUCUGCUGUCCCCAUUCGUCCCAGCCGUUGAAGGCUUGGGGCAUCGUGGUUAUCUGAGAACCCGUCAUUUCGUUCGCUUGAUCUGGCACACUCAGUCUUGCACCCUAGGAAGCCGUGGACAGAAGGUGGGAGGGUCCAAACGCUGCAUUAUCAUUCAUCAUGGCACCUGAGGGACUGAUUCUCCUCCCCCCCCUUUUUUUAAGUUUAUUUAUUUUGAGAGGGGGAGGGAAGGCGGGGUGGAGAGAGAGGGAGAAAGAAUCCCAAGUAGCCUCUACACUCAGUGCAGAGCCCGGUGUGGGGCUCGAUCUCACGGCUGACAUCAUGACCUGAGCCAAACUUAAGAAUCAGAUGCUUAACCACCUGAGCCACCCAGGCAUCCCUGAUUCUUCUCUUUGAGAGCAGCUUUCCUUUCCCUGUGGACUCAGGGCCAGGGCAAAUGCCGAGAAGAGUAGUGAGAAAAUAUACGUGGUCAUUUUACUUCUUCCAAAGACCAUGCAACCAGUCUUCAAAAAGAAUAAUUUUAACAAAAACGUUCCCUGGUUUAAAAUGUUUGUAAGAUAGGCUCCUGAAUUCCCAUGGCCUGACACCAUCCUUUGUGAAGACGGAUCUUUUGUGAGCUUGUCUGCCAUAAGUGGGGCUGGGCAACAGAACUACCAUUGACUCAGCUCUGUUGUUGAGUGCUUUAUACAGACUGUCUCAUCUCCAUGGCCCUUGCAGAAGACACUGUUACCCCAUUUUAUAGAGACUGAGGCUUCGAGGUAAAUUAAUUUGUCCAAGGUCACAUAGCUAUGAAGCAAGAGGACGAGAAUUCAGAUCCUGGCCAGCCUAUUCUAGAGCCUGGACUCUGGUCCACCAUGGUGGCGACCAUCACUGCGUUGAGGGAAGAGGGCAGUGGUGCUUGUAAGAAAUACAGGCUCCUGGGCCCCAUCCCAGAUCUCCUGGAACAGAAUCUCUGGACUGUUGUGGUAAAAUACACAGCACAGACUUUUCAGUCCCCACAGUCUACAUACAGUCAGCCUCGUGCCACUGGGCAUCAUGUGGUCCUAGCCAGUUACUCUCUUAGCCUCCCCCUCAUCUGUGCUGAUGAGCGGAUUCGGGCCAGGCUGCCUGGCCCUGCCUCCUAGCUCUGCCACUCACAGUGCUCAGCUUCCUCUUUUCUGAGACGGACAGAUU